AUGAUCCAGCUCAAGACCCUCAUCAAUUGCAUCGACAACUCGGGCGCCGCCAUAGUCGAGUGCGUCAACGUCCUGCGCUCGAAGCGCCCCGCCAAAGUCGGCGACCGGAUAGUGGUAGUGGUCAAGAAACAGCGAAACUUCGGUCCUGAGACUGGCAACAGCGUCUCCAUCAGCGCAGCGAACAAAGUACGACGCGGAGAUGUACGCCACGCGGUAGUGGUACGGACGGCGAAGAAGUGGCAGAGACCGGACGGCAGCGUGGUCAAGUUCGACGACAACGCGUGCGUGCUCAUCAACAAGGCCGGCGAGCCCAUCGGAUCGCGAGUGAGCGGCGUUGUGGCGGCAGAACUCAGGCAAAAACAGUGGUCGAAGAUUUUGUCACUGGCCCCGAUGCAUGUGUAG